CCAGGCCUGUCUCUGGUGUCCGUGCUAUCUCUGAUAGCAUGUAGCGGCCAGCUGUUAGCCGCGGCGCUGCUAGCACGUUGCUACGGCGGGCGUAGCUCGGCAACGGACCGCUGGGUCCUCUGCUGGCUCUUCUAUGAUGUCAUUGUCCACCUGACUCUGGAAGGACCAUUUGUCUACAUGUCUCUUGUUGGGACCGUGGAGACGUCUGAAGGACCUCUGGCUGAACUCUGGAAGGAGUACGGGACAGCAGACAGCCGCUGGCUGGUUUCUGACCCCACCAUCGUCUCCAUAGAGAUCCUCACGGUCGGCCUCGGCUCUCUGCUGGGAGUACUUCUGAUACACGCAGUACUAUGGGACAAAUACUACAGACACUUCCUGCAGGUGUGUCUGAGCGUGUGCGAGCUGUACGGUGGCUGGAUGACCUUUGCUCCUGAUUGGCUGCAGGGCAGCCCUCACCUGGACACCACUUCCUGUCUCCACCUGUGGCUCUACCUGGUCUUCUUUAACGGGGUCUGGGUCCUGGUCCCGGUGCUGCUGCUGGUCCAGUCCUGGCUCGCUCUCAGGAGUCUGCACGCGCUCAGUACGCACGCAGACACACACAGGAAGAAGAUGUAGAGUUGUCCUUUUUAUUGUAGUUGUCACCGU